GCAGAGCCACGCGCACCCCACGCCGCCCGCCGUGCCCGUGCAGGGCCAGCAGCAGUUCCAGAGGCUCAAGGUGGAGGAUGCAUUGUCUUACCUGGACCAGGUGAAGCUGCAGUUUGGUAGCCAACCACAGGUCUACAAUGACUUCUUGGAUAUUAUGAAGGAAUUUAAAUCUCAAAGCAUCGACACUCCGGGAGUGAUCAGUCGAGUUUCACAGCUCUUCAAGGGCCACCCAGACUUGAUCAUGGGUUUCAACACCUUCUUGCCCCCUGGUUACAAGAUUGAGGUGCAGACCAACGAUAUGGUGAAUGUGACCACCCCAGGGCAGGUUCACCAGAUCCCCACUCAUGGCCUGCAGCCACAGCCUCAGCCUCAGCCGCCGCAUCCGUCGCAGCCUUCGGCGCAGUCGACCCCAACACCAGCACAGCCGGCGCCGCAGCCCACCCCUGCCAAAAUCAGCAAGCCAUCGCAGUUGCAGGCACAUACUCCUGCCAGCCAGCAAACCCCUCCGAUUCCGCCGUACGCGUCGCCGCGCUCGCCGCCGGUCCAACCUCACACGCCUGUGACAAUCUCUCUGGGCACCACACCAUCCCUGCAGAACAAUCAGCCCGUGGAGUUUAAUCAUGCCAUCAACUAUGUCAACAAGAUCAAGAAUCGGUUCCAGGGACAGCCAGACAUCUACAAAGCCUUCCUGGAGAUCCUCCAUACGUAUCAGAAGGAGCAGCGUAAUGCCAAGGAGGCAGGAGGGAAUUACACGCCGGCGCUGACGGAGCAGGAGGUGUACGCGCAGGUCGCUCGUCUCUUCAAGAACCAGGAGGAUCUGCUCUCGGAGUUUGGACAGUUCCUGCCUGAUGCCAACAGCUCUGUGCUAUUAAGUAAGACAACUGCAGAGAAGGUGGAAUCAGUCAGGAAUGAUCAUGGUGGCACAGUGAAGAAGCCACAGCUCAACAACAAGCAACAGAGACCCAACCAGAACGGCUGUCAGAUCCGGCGGCACUCGGGGACUGGGGCAACCCCUCCAGUGAAGAAGAAACCAAAGCUACUUGGUUUGAAAGACCAGUCUUUGGCAGAAGCCAGCAAACAUGGUGUGGGGACAGAAUCUCUCUUCUUUGAGAAGGUCCGCAAAGCUCUGCGCAGCACAGAGGCCUACGAGAACUUCCUGCGCUGCCUGGUUAUUUUCAACCAGGAGGUGAUCUCCAGGGCUGAGCUCGUGCAGCUGGUUUCUCCAUUCCUGGGGAAAUUCCCAGAAUUGUUCACUUGGUUUAAAAACUUUCUGGGCUAUAAAGAGUCUGUUCACAUGGAGACGUAUCCGAAGGAAAGGGCUACUGAGGGGAUUGCCAUGGAGAUAGACUAUGCCUCCUGCAAGAGGUUGGGCUCCAGCUACAGAGCCUUGCCCAAGAGCUACCAGCAACCCAAGUGCACUGGGAGGACUCCACUCUGUAAAGAGGUAAGGUGCUCUCAGCUCGGAGCUGGCCAAGUGUGACCCUCUUGGAACACUGACCAAGACUCUUGUGUCCCCUCCUCUCCCUCAAAGGUUUUGAAUGACACCUGGGUCUCCUUCCCAUCCUGGUCUGAAGACUCCACAUUUGUGAGCUCCAAGAAGACACAGUAUGAAGAGCACAUCUACAGGUGUGAGGACGAGCGUUUCGAGCUGGAUGUUGUCUUGGAGACCAACCUGGCAACGAUCCGCGUCCUUGAGGCAAUCCAAAAGAAACUCUCACGUUUGUCUGCUGAGGAGCAGGCCAAAUUCAGGCUGGACAACACCCUGGGGGGCACUUCGGAGGUGAUCCACCGCAAGGCUCUCCAGAGGAUAUAUGCUGACAAAGCUGCUGACAUCAUCGAUGGGCUCCGCAAGAAUCCAUCCGUGGCUGUCCCCAUCGUGCUGAAAAGGUUAAAGAUGAAAGAGGAGGAGUGGCGAGAAGCCCAGAGAGGAUUUAAUAAAGUCUGGCGAGAGCAGAAUGAGAAGUAUUACCUGAAAUCUUUGGACCACCAGGGCAUUAACUUCAAGCAGAAUGAUACCAAGGUCCUGAGAUCAAAAAGUCUCCUCAAUGAGAUUGAAAGCAUCUAUGAUGAGAGGCAAGAGCAGGCUUCAGAAGACAAUGCUGGGGUCCCCACAGGCCCACACCUCUCGCUAGCCUACGAAGACAAGCAGAUCCUGGAAGAUGCUGCCUCUCUCAUCAUCCACCACGUGAAGCGGCAGACGGGAAUCCAGAAAGAGGACAAGUACAAAAUCAAGCAGAUCAUGUAUCACUUCAUUCCAGACCUGCUGUUUGCUCAGCGAGGUGAACUCUCGGAUGUGGAAGAGGAGGAAGAAGAAGAAAUGGAUGUGGACGAAGCUACUGGGGCUGCAAAAAAGCACAACGGCGUUGGGGGCAGUCCCCCCAAAACCAAGCUGAUGUUCAACAACACGACGGCCCAGAAGCUGCGUGGUAUGGAUGAGGUCUACAACCUCUUCUACGUCAACAGCAACUGGUACAUCUUCAUGAGGCUGCACCAGAUCCUGUGCUUGCGGCUGCUGCGGAUCUGCACCCAGGCCGAGCGGCAGAUCGAGGAGGAGACACGGGAACGGGAGUGGGAGAGGGAAGUGCUGGGCAUAAAGCGAGACAAGAGUGACAGUCCUGCCAUCCAGCUGCGACUGAAGGAGCCCAUGGACAUCGAUGUUGAGGAUUAUUAUCCAGCCUUCCUGGACAUGGUGCGGAACCUCCUGGAUGGGAACAUGGACUCGUCGCAGUACGAGGACUCCCUGCGCGAGAUGUUCACCAUCCACGCCUACAUCGCCUUCACCAUGGACAAGCUGAUCCAGAGCAUCGUUCGGCAGGUGAGGCACAUAGUGAGUGAUGAGAUCUGUGUGCAGGUAACAGACCUGUACCUGUCAGAGAACAGCAACGGAGCCACAGGAGGUCUCCUGGCCUCCCAGUCCUCUCGCACGCUCCUCGAGGCUGCGUACCAGCGCAAAGCCGAGCAGCUCAUGUCAGAGGAGAACUGCUUCAAGCUGAUGUUCAUUCAGAGCAGAGGUCAAGUUCAGUUGACCAUUGAACUGCUGGACACAGAAGAGGAGAACUCAGAUGACCCUGUGGAAGCAGAGCGCUGGUCAGACUAUGUGGAGCGGUACAUCAACUCCGAUUCUACCUCCCCUGAGCUCCGGGAGCACCUGGCCCAGAAACCUGUCUUCCUGCCCAGGAACCUGAGGCGGAUCCGCAAGUGUCAGCGCGGUCGGGAGCAGCAGGAGAAGGAAGGGAAGGAAGGAAACAGUAAGAAGUCCAUGGAGAACGUGGAGAGCUUGGACAAGCUGGAGUGUAAAUUCAAACUGAACUCCUAUAAGAUGGUGUACGUGAUCAAGUCUGAGGAUUACAUGUACAGGAGGACCGCGCUGCUGCGAGCUCAGCAGUCCCACGAACGAGUGAGCAAACGGCUGCACCAGCGGUUCCAGGCCUGGGUGGACAAAUGGACCAAGGAGCACGUGCCCCGCGAAAUGGCAGCCGAGACAAACAAGUGGCUCAUGGGUGAAGGAUUGGAGGGCUUGGUGCCCUGCACCACCACGUGUGACACAGAGACCCUGCACUUUGUCAGCAUCAACAAGUACCGCGUCAAAUACGGCACGAUAUUCAAGACACCCUAG